AUACAGCAAUUCGCGCCAAAACAACAACGCAUUUGUCACUUUAGUAUUGAACGUGAAGCAAACCACUGUUGAUUCGGUGCUCGCUCGUAUUCUUCUGCAAUUUGUUUGAAUAAACGCUGGUCUUACUUUUCCUUUUUUUGAAGUCACACACACACGGAGUAAUCAUGUUUGAAGCACGCCUUACCUCCUCAGCUGUCUUGAAAAAAGUGCUCGAUGCCAUCAAAGACCUGCUCAAUGAAGCCACCUUCGACUGCAGCGAUUCUGGUAUUCAGUUGCAAGCCAUGGACAAUUCGCAUGUGUCAUUAGUAUCGUUGACUCUGCGCUCCGAUGGAUUCGAUAAGUUCCGUUGCGAUCGUAACUUGUCGAUGGGCAUGAAUCUUGCCAGUAUGGCCAAGAUUUUGAAGUGUGCCAACAACGAUGACACGCUCACAAUGAAAGCACAAGAUAACGCCGACACCGUCACCUUCAUGUUCGAAUCACCGAAUCAAGAAAAGAUUUCCGACUAUGAAAUGAAACUGAUGAAUUUGGAUCAAGAGCACUUGGGCAUUCCAGAAACCAAUUAUGCAUGCAUUGUGCGUAUGCCAUCGAUGGAAUUUGCACGCAUCUGCCGCGAUUUAUCGCAAUUCGGUGAAUCAAUGGUCAUUGCUUGCACCAAAGAAGGUGUGAAAUUCUCGGCCAGUGGUGAUGUUGGUGCAGCCAAUGUGAAACUCGCCCAAACCUCAUCGAUUGACAAGGAAGAAGAGGCUGUCAUCAUCGAAAUGCAAGAGCCAGUCACAUUGACAUUCGCUUGCCGCUACUUGAACUCGUUCACAAAGGCAACUCCGUUGUCUGCCCAGGUGCAGCUGUCAAUGUCGGCCGAUGUUCCAUUAGUUGUAGAAUACAAAGUUCAAGACUACGGUCACAUUCGAUACUACUUGGCACCGAAAAUCGAAGAUGACGAAAGCUAAACAACGUUCCAUCGUAUGAAGAUUCUGUCAUCGUUAAAACACUCUCUUUUAAACCAUUGCUUAUCAUCUUCUUUUUUUUUUAAAUAUGAUUUAUUCUACAAAAACAAACAGACCAAUUUCCCUUUCAUGCAUUGUCAGUGUGAAAAUAGAAUAACAAACAUAAAAUAACACACAAACUCAAAAGCCAAUUUACUGAUUGAAUAAAAAUUAAGUUUUCAGAAAUGUAUAAAAA